AUGAUCUCCCAGCUCCAGCCGCAAUUGAAUGCAUCAGUGACUACACAAGCGGCGAGUGCGCAGUCGCCAUCAUCGCAAUAUCAAGUGGCACAACGGUCUUCGGCGGGGCCGAGCACCGCCGCGGUUGGGCAUGAUCAGAGGCAGCAACAGAACCGGUUUUUUCGCAACAACGAACGGCGAGCUACAGCUUACCAAGCUGCAUCGUCACGAAUAAGCGGGCCACAACAUCCGCUGAGAACAAGAGAGGAGCGGCUCGCUAACCAGCGUCUGUACGAGGAACGUCGACGCCAAUGGCAAGCAGGUGCUGCAGGCGAUAAGUCAAAGCGCUGUUACUAUUGCGGUUUCGAAGGUCAUUUAUCGUUUGAGUGCCCGCUUAAGAAGGAGGAUCAGUCAGCGGCGUCGCAGUUACCAGCACCAGCGCCUCCAGCCCGUGCAACACCAGGUCAACAGCCUUCGGGAAACGAGGAAGGAGCGUAG